CCUGCUAGCUAGCUUAAAUGAGCCGCCUAUUCUGGUAAUCAGACUUCAAAUGUGACUUUUACCACAGUGAUAGUUUUUCUCUAAAAAAGAUACGAUUGGGGAAGUUUGGAGAUCGUUUUUUUCCAACGGGGAAGCUACAUGUGUCUAUCACGUCAAUGAGCUUUUUUUUCCAAGACAAAGAAAGGCUCGUGAGGAGAGAAAAAGGAACAUUUACACAGAAAGUAACAUGAGAGCUUGUGGAGCACCUUAAGGUGGCCGGCGCGCACCCAUCACGCACGGAGCUGAAGGAUGAAGCGCCUGUCGGCCGCUAACUAAAGUCGGGCUGCAGUAAAGAGCGAUAAAAAGGGGUGGAGGGGGAGGUCCUACUCCUGCAAAGUGCUGUUUCACGGCCGCUCUACCGUGCUUGUGCCGCACCUGCACUCCGGUGCUAAAGCUUUUUUUCCCCUCCGUGCACAUUCCAGUGGAUUGCAUCUGUGCUUUGUCGCUUGAGUGAAGAACAUCGAGCUGGGAUUUCUGUCUGGUAUAAGUCAAGUCCUCAGUUGACAAAGGAUCUGGGCUCUUUUCUUCCAGACUUGGUCCAAGAUGGUGCGUCCUCUGUGUCUGGCCGGGCGACACAUCUUCUUGACUCUCGUGUUGCUGCACUGUUUUGGCUUAGGUGCAUCUUCCACUAUAGUUAACAUGCGUAGGAUGACCCAUCCUACUGUACAGCAGCCACUGGCAGGUGAAGCCGUCCUCCCCUGUGUCUUCACCCUGCGGGCCAACUCAUCCAGUCAGCCUGUCCGCCUUCUGUGGACUCUCGUCAGGCUUCCAGCGGGCGGACAGAGCGCCCCUUUGGAGCACAUUGUGCUGACUGCCGAAGGUGAUGUAAUCAAGGUGAAUAAGGCUUUCAGUGGCCGGGUCAGACUGCCAGUAUACGCUGCCAAUCCUCUCAACGCUACCAUGGAGAUUUCUAGUCUCCGUACCAACGACUCAGGCACUUACCACUGUCAGGUUGUCAUGGGCGACGACUACGAGCAACAUGCCGUGCCCCUGACGGUCUAUGGUGUGGUGUUUCACUACCAGGCACAGAGCGCCCGUUAUGCCCUCUCCUUUGCAGAUGCCCAGCGAGUCUGCCAGGAGAACUCUGCUCAGGUGGCCACAUCAGCCCAGAUGUGGGCUGCAUUCUACGACGGCUUUGCCAGCUGUGCGGCCGGCUGGUUGGACGAUCAGACUGUCCGCUAUUCUGUCCAGUCUGCUGAGCUUGACUGUUCUGGACAUAAGGAAUACUUUGCUGGAGUGAGGAACUAUGGGAAAAGGGACCCAAAAGAGUUGUUUGAUGUGUACUGUUUUGCAAAAGAACUGGAUGGUGAGGUAUUUCACGCCUCGGUCCCUGGCAGGUUGUCGCUGUCUUCUGCCUCAGAUCGUUGUGUGUCCCUGGGUGGUCAGCUGGCAACAGUGGGGCAGCUUUAUCUGGCCUGGAGGGCUGGCCUGGAUAGCUGUGCCCCAGGUUGGCUCUCUGACGGCAGUGUACGUUACCCGGUCAGCCGGUCUCGGCAGGACUGUGGAGGGAGCAAAGCUGGGGUCCGCAGCGUGACGCCCAACGUCACCAGUGACAACGCCACGGCCCUGUAUGAUGCAUACUGCUACAGAGGUAAAGUGAAGAGCACCGACACCAUCUCACAGAUCUACAGUUCCCUGUGGAAGCCAUGGAGCUACCUCACGCGCCCAAGUACUGAAUCCACAAGGUCACAGAGUCCAGAGCUGUCAAGUCCGCCACCAACUCCCAAAGGAUCCACAAACAAGCACUCUUCAUCUAACUGGACUGGACUAGUGGACCUUGAUGAGGAGGAUUCCCUUCACGGUGUCAACGCUUCGUCAGACCCAUGGUCCUCAGACGCAUCGGAUUCUUACGUGACUCUUCAAGUGGUCCUGGGUCAAAGCGUCGACUGGGGGGAACCAUUUGAGCCCGACUCUCCUGAGUUCCUCCGACCCCCUGUGGCCCCAACGCCUGCUGAGAAGAAGGUGAUCUCUGGGAUUGUCAAAUCCUUCUGGAAGCCUUGGAACUACAUGUUGGGAACUGGUGACGAUGAGGAGACCGAAACAGGAACCCAAAAAGGGCCCACGAGCGAAAAAGCGACAAAAAAAAAGGAUGAAGGGAAUUUGUCCAGUACAACAUCACCAGGUUUCUUCUCGAUGGGAAGUUCAGCAUCCACUGAUCCCUUAAGGAAGAACACAACCCUAUCAAAUGAAGAACCAGCAACCCAUUUGGUGUCUUCUCCUGCUUCUAAUAAUUCUGUGACAACAGCAGGAACCACCAUUGUGGGGACACCAGACCCACAUCCCUCCACCACUUCCAACCCAGCCCCUGAAACAACAUCAUCUGGCAUGGAAACCGUGUGGGUCCGUGUGAACGCUAAGACCACCACCCAGUCCAGUGAGAAGAAGGAGACCACGGCGAGCUCUCAAUCCACUUCUAGAGGAGGCCGAGGCCGAGGCCGAGGGAAGAAGAACAAAGGGGAGGAGAGAAGCAGAGAAGAAAAGAGCAAAGGGGAAGAUGAAGGAAGCGGUGAGAUUACUGCUGCAGAGGCCAAAGGGGAGAUACAAGUUUCCCGACGGCCAGUUGGAACCAGUAGACCAAGGGAAAGAUCCAGGUCAAGAGAAAGGGGUCACAGGAAAGGACAUACCACCACCACAAUCAUCAGCACCACCACGAUGGCUGCCAGCACUUCUGAGCCCACAGUGAUGUCCACAACUAGGGAGGAGAAUGUUGCUUUUACCAAUACAUCCUCCACCAUCGUGCCCACUGAGACCCAACCCCUGUCUGACCAACCAGACUUGAAUGCCUCAUCUUCAUCAUCCUCACCAUCACCACUUGUCACAUCAUCCACCUCUCCUUCCUUACCUCCAUCCCCAUCCCUGUCGGAUACAUCUCUUUCCCCUUCAGCACCAUCCUCUUCCCUGCCUCCAUCCCCUUCUCCAACAACUCCUUCUCCAUCUCCUCCCUCCUCGGACAACAGCAACAACACUUCCCAAACAUCGCUGGAAUGGGUUCCAGUCCAGAGAGUGACGGUCCUGAACGUCUCUCUGGAAUCUCCUCCCGUAGAGGAGGAACCCGCCUGGUCUCAAACGGUGGGCUCGGGGUCCCUGUUACCCGGCAACAUGGAGGAGGAGAGCAACAGAUUUAACGUCAGCAAUGUCACUCCGGUUCCAGCUGUGGAUUCCUGCGUGACAAACCCGUGUCUGCAUGGAGGAAAGUGCCUUCCUCAGGGAACAGGCUACAGCUGCUACUGCCCACAAGGGUAUGCGGGGGAGAACUGUGAGAUUGACGUUGACGACUGCCAGUCAGAACCAUGUGAAAAUGGAGGCACCUGCAUCGACAAGAUUGACUCCUUCCUCUGCCUGUGCCUGCCCAGCUAUGGAGGAGACGCAUGCGAGAAAGACAUAGAGGGUUGUGAUCAUGGCUGGAGGAAGUUCCAUGGCCAUUGCUACAGGUACUUCACCCACAGACACACAUGGGAGGAUGCAGAGAAAGACUGCAGAGAGCACAGCGCCCACCUGAGCAGCAUCACCACUGCCAAUGAACAGGAGUUUAUUAACGGUCUGGAUCAUGACAACGCCUGGGUAGGUCUGAAUGACCGCACUGUAGAAGACGACUUUCAAUGGACAGAUGGCAGCGAACUGGUAUAUGAGAACUGGCGGGAGAGCCAGCCAGAUAACUUCUUUGCGGGAGGUGAGGACUGUGUGGUGACCAUAGCUCAUGAGGAUGGCAAAUGGAACGACGUGCCCUGCAACUACAAUCUGCCCUACAUCUGCAAGAAGGGAACAGUGCUGUGUGGGACGCCACCUGCUGUGGAAAACGCCCAUUUGGUAGGUCGUCGGCGGUCACACUAUGACAUCCAUGCCGUGGUCCGUUACCAGUGCUCGGAGGGCUUCUACCAACGCCACAUUCCCACUGCACGCUGCAGGGCGGAUGGAAGCUGGGAGCGACCCAGGAUCAUCUGCACAAAAUCCCGCCGCUCGCACCGAUACCGGCGCCAUCAUCACAACCAGCGGCGCGACCGUCGAGGCCACAGGAGACACGGCGAGGGCCACAGGGGUCGCGAGGACACACGCAGCUACAACUGAACCAAAUAACACCACGCCUGUAAAAGCCAAGGCGCUACCGAGGCGCUCGUUCUGCAAAACAACACAACACGUCUCCUUUUUACGCUUCUAACUGACACAUAGUUGAUCUCGUUAUUAACCGCUCCAACUUUGGCUGUUUUGAUGCUUCAUUUUCACCUUUUUCUUUAGCAACGCCAACACUAACUGCUACACUAGAGCUCACGCUCCCUGACCUUUCUGUACAGUAACCCCCCGCACCCCUAGUUAUUACCUUGAGUGGCGACAUUGUGCGCAUAUAAGAGAGAACCCUUUUUGUUGUUGUUUGUGUGAUAUGACAAAGACUCAUUAGUAUUCUGUUUACAAAACACGCACACCGUCCUCGCAAGCUCGCCUUCAGUUUCCUUCUUUGUACAUACCGGUACGCUGCAGCAUAACUGAUACAUUUCAUCUAACUGACCUGCUUUUUCUAAUAUUUGCUCGCUUUUGUGUCAUGUUCUAUUUAUUACUAGCAAUGUUUUUUGUUUUUUUUACUUAUUUGGCGUAACACCAUUUUUCUAACACAAUCAGCCAGUAAUCGUUUCUAAUCGGAGUAUUAUUGUGGUGUUUACUGGCUGAUGUGGAAUCAAUAAAUAGCUGGACCUUGUCCAAUCGAAUAAAGCGCUCUCAAAGUGCCAUUGACCACUCGACUGAUUGAUCAUACUCCCUUCAGUCAUUGCAUGGGCAGAUUUACUAGAAUGUGCCGAUUUUUUUGUCUUUGAUAUUUGAAGUCAUCCACCUUUGUUGGUGUUUUUAUGACUUUUUUGUCCUGCUGUUGUGUUUCAUUCUUAUUAAAGAUAGAAAAUUGUACAGCA